GGAUUGGGAGAGGAAGUUUCCCACUGCAUCGUCUUCUUCCUCGAAAAAAGCUGUGCUCCUCAUUCUCCAUAUUAAAAACAGAGGCCCUGCGUCUUUCCUUUCUCAACCAUGCUCAGACCUACUGAGCCUCUAGCGCCUGCCUAGGCGCCCUAGUUGCCACCUAGCACCCAUAGGCACCCGCCCAAGCUCUUCAGGCACCUGCCUAUUAUCUUCUCUGAUUUUCCUCCCGAUUUGGACUGAAUCAGGGCAGAUGACCACCGUGUAGCGCCUAGGCGCCGCCUAGGCCGAUUUUAACUUUUAAGAACAUUGAUCUUACUCUCUAAACCGGUCAAAUUUAACAAAAAAUAAAAUGAAGAAAAUUGAAUUGAAAAAUUGCAACUACAACUAUUAGAGGAUCUUUGAUUGCAAAAAACACAGAAAAAAACAAGUCAAGGUGUUCCCAUCUGAUCAUCGCUAUUCUAGCCGGCCAUUAGUGGCAUUUUCUGGUUAUUUUUUUCCUUAAUUAUACGUUGACUAUGCUUUUCACCUUGCAUAUUGGCCGGACAUGCAAAUAUUAAAACACAAAUAGCCAUCAUUCAUUGCUAGCUCUCUCAUCAGCAAUCAACUAAUUAAUUAACUAAUCCCAUCUCAACCAAAUCAAUUCUUCCUCUCCUUUUCUUAAACCACCUAACAGAAUUAAAUUUACAAUUUCCGAUAUCAGAAAACCAUGGUUUACCUCUCCCUUCUAAUCUUGGUUUCCCUAAGUUCAAGCUAUGCUCAGCAGUUCUAUGACCAAUCUGAUUGCGGUGUUGAGGCUAGCAAUUCAGGCUCAAGAUACAUUUGCAAUAUGUUCCAAAAUUCUUGCCAAACAUUCUUGGUCUACAGAGCCAACCCGAAUUUUCAAACUGUUUCGAAUGUCUCAGACUUGUUUCGAAUGGAUUCUGAUCAACUGCUUGGACUCAACAAUCUCACAUCUCCUUCUGAGGAACUGAAAGCAGGUAGGGAAGUUAUUAUUCCCAUUAAAUGUUCUUGCUCAGGUCAAUAUUUUCAGGCAAGUUUCAGCUACACGGUUUUGCAAAACACGUCAUACUCCGAGGUUGCUUGUGGGGUUUUCGAAGGCUUGCUCAAGUCGUUUACACUCAAGGAGGAAAAUAUGUCCCAAGAAAACAAGCUUGUGGUUGGCACUGAGCUUCUUGUGCCUCUAAGAUGUGCUUGUCCUGAUAAGUUAGCUAGCAGUAGUGGAGUGAAGUACCUUGUGACCUACCCUCUCAUAGAAGGCGACAGGCCAGUCAUCUUAAGCCAGAAGUUUGGCAUCUCUCCUGAAGAUUUUUUAUCAGUGAAUCAUUUAGCAAAUGACGAAACUGUGUUUCCGAAUACGACUGUUUUAGUUCCCUUGAGAGCAGCUCCGGAGUUAAACUUCAACAUCCAAUAUUCUCCCCCUCCAGCUCCUACUCUUCUUCCCACAAUUGCUGUGGAAAAAUCUAAUAGAAAUGCGAAACUGAUCAAGAAAUUGUAUGUAGCCGGGUCUGUUGUUGGGUUUUCUCUGCUACUGGCAGCUUUAAUUGCAUUUGUAAUUUUGUACAGAAGGGCCUUAAGGAAAUGGAAGAGAGAGAAGAUCAUGUCCUUUACUGCUUUAAGCUCUCCAAUUUCAUGUUCAACUGUCAGAAGCCCGUUUAAAUCCGGUCAGACAGGCAGAAGCUCUCCGAUUUCAUCAUGUUUAUCGCCUGAUAUUCUUGCUGGAUUGAAGUACUCGUUGUUCAAUUAUAGCAUAGAAGAGCUGAGGAGAGCAACAAGGGAUUUCAAUGAAGAAAACAAGAUUGGUUCUCAAGCGUACAGGGGAAUAAUAAAUAAUGUUGAAGUGAUGAUGAUCAAGCAGAUGAGAUUUGAGGACACGAGCCAUGUUAUUGACGUGCAUUCGAAGAUCAACCACAUCAACAUCUUGAACUUAGAGGCGGUUUCUUACGGCGAAAAUCACAUGUCAUGGUCUUAUCUAGUUUUCGAGUUUCCGAGCAAUGGCUGCUUGAGGGGCUGCUUGUCUAGUCCAUCUAGUCCUAUCAAGUGGCAUUGGCGAACACAAAUAGCUUUCGAUAUUGCAACUGGACUACACUACUUACACUGUUGUACUUUCCCUUCUUGUGCUCACCUAGGCAUAAACACUAGAAACAUUUUUGUGACAGCAAAUUGGAGGGCAAAGCUUUCGAACAUUGGAACCAUAUCGGCUGAGGGAUUUUCGGAAGGAAAUGACAAAGGAUGGGUUGCACCAGAGUACCUUCUACACCGAUCAGCUUCUGAGAAGGUGGAUAUUUUUGCAUUUGGAGUUGUUUUGCUUGAGCUCAUCUCAGCAAGAGAGGACAUUGAUGGGAAGUCGUUUAAAGAGUCCAUCAAAUUUUUGGGAGGGGGUGCUAGCGAAGGCGGUUUCCUCGAACAACUUAGGAGCUUCAUGGAUCCACAGUUGGAGGAUUAUCCUCUUGCAGAGGCCUUAUGCUUAGCUGUUUUAGCGAAGGCCUGUGUGGAGGACGAUCCUCUCCAUCGGCCAUCCAUCGAUGACAUCAUGAAAGUGCUCGCAAGAAUGGUAUGAUCGAGAACUUGAUCAAUAAUGAAGAACCACGUUCGUUACCGAUCAGGGUAUAAAAAUUGUUCAUCAAGUAAUGUAAUGGUCUAAAAUAUGUAAUUAACUAGC